AAAAAAAUGCCUUUAUUGUUUUCUUUCUAUCCAGUUUAAAAAUAUGUAUCACUGAAAGCAUUAUCCUAACCAGCGAAAACGAACAACGCCUGUCAGCUUUCUUCCUGCAACAUCCGCUGUGGACUUCAGUUUGCAUCCUUGAUCGGUCUCGUUUCGUUUUGCAAUCUUUGCCAAACAUGACAUGUGAAACAUUUCUGCACUGGGAGUUACUGCUCUUACCAGCACAAAAUUCUCCUGCCAUGAUACCCAGCAAAGGAUUCUGGGAUUGACGUUAGCAUCACUCCCACUGAUGGCCUGGAACAGGUUUCAGCUAACCUGUUGAAGCUAUGGGGAGCUGUUGGAGCUGUCUGUACAGAGACUCCAUCCAAGACACCCACCCCACCAAAUUUAAGGUAACAAACGUGGAUGAUGAAGGGAAUGAGCUGGGAUCGGGAACAAUGGAGCUCACCCAAACAGAGCUCAUUCUGCACACGCGCAAACGCGAUGCCAUCCGGUGGCCAUACCUCUGCCUGCGCCGCUAUGGAUACGACUCCAACCUUUUCUCCUUCGAGAGUGGGCGGCGCUGCCAGACAGGGCAGGGUAUCUUUGCAUUUAAAUGCUCUCGUGCAGAGGAGAUCUUUAACCUCUUGCAAGAGCUGAUGCAGUGCAAUAGUAUUAACGUGGUGGAGGAGCCCAUGAUCAUGACCCGGCCCAGCCACACACCGGAGAUGGACCUGCCUCGAACCCCGCAAACACCCAACACUCCUGGGUUUCCAAUGCAGGCUUUUCCUAAUGGAUACCCUGGGUACCCCAUGAGUGCAGACUCAUCACAGCCUUCCCUCUCUGAAGACCACAGGCAUAGCCUCAUGGGGAUGGAUGACCAGACACAUACCUAUGUGAACACAGUGAGCAUGGAGAGUGACAUGUCCAACCGCCAUUGUGUACACUCCUUGCCUGAAGUGCGACCCCCCACCUUUCCCGAGGCCUCCACCACUUCGGCCAUCCGUGGAGGUCAGGUCCCUGGACACUGCUGCCCCAUGGAUGACCCUCACAAAGACCCUCAGGUCUUCCUCCAGCCUGGAGCUCAGGAGGUGAAGUUUAUGCUAGGUCCCACCCCAGCGCAGCGCCACCUGCUGGAACGAGACCGAGACCGCCACAUGCCACGGCCGCUUCGUGCUCCCGAUGGCAGCUCUGAGACUGAGGGUGAGGACGCUCCUCCUGUUCACAUGUGCAACACUCACUCCUACCACCAUUACCACCAUCACCUGCACCGACACCCCAGCAUGGAGCCCUGUCCGGGCAGCCAGCUUACAUAUGAGAACAUUAACGGGCUCCGGGGUGGCCGCAGACAGAGGCUGAGCCCCAGCAGCGUGUCACAGUCACAGUCUGUAGCCUCGAGCAGCAGCAGCAGCACGACUGGUGAGAGCCACCCGCACUCACACCCACACUCGCUGCCGCUGGCACAUACUCAUGCCAUGCCACUGCCACCCCAGACUUAUGGAUGUGAGCGGGGGCUUGGCACCAGCGGGCAUCGCCGCUCUGCGUUGCUCAACUACGAGAACCUCCCUUCACUGCCACCUGUCUGGGAGUACCGUGCCCUUCAGCGUGAGGAAGAGGAGGAGCAGGAUGAAGAUGAGGAAGAUGAUGAGUAUGAGGAAGAAGAAGAGGAGGACUUUGAUGAGUAUGAAUAUUCUGAGGGGCCUGGAACCCCAAAUGGAUAUCACCAGGAAGGCGGUGGAACUGGUGGGAUUCAUCGUGAUGCUCUACAGAACUAUGUCAACACGGAGCAGAUACAGCCUCCAACACAUAUUCGUCAUGCUUGUCCUCCCCACCCUCAUCCUCCUGAGAGGGGGGGCCGAGUUUUCAGCUUUGAUUUCCGCCGGCAGCGGGCAGGACGUGGCGUGAUUGGAAGUGCCGCCUAUGAGCAGCAUGGCCGUCAUCCACCCCCUCCCCCCUCUCGACAGCUCAACUACAUCCAGGUGGAACUGGAGGCUGGGGCUUCCAGUUGCCCAGGACAUGGAGGAGGGGGUGGAGCUCAAGUGCCCCAGAGACCACCCCCUCUUAAGCGCGGCAUGGCUACUACUGCGGCAACCCCUGUGUCCCGUCGUGGAGAGUGCUAUGCUGUGAUCGACUUACAGAAGACAGCAGCCAUGUCCAACCUACAGAAAGCUCUGCCUCGCGAUGAUGGCACCUCCCGAAAAACUCGCCACAACAGUACUGACCUGCCUCUGUGAGAGGUGACUAGAGGAACAAGCGGAGAGAAAAGAGUCUAAUUAUGGGUAAGAGCAGAAAGGUGUGAGGAUGGCGCUCUGGUGGAAUUAUUAACCUUCUCAGCAUUAUGUUAGAUUCUCUGUCCCCACACUCAUAUUUUUAACAGUCUUUACACUCAAACCAAGUAUUGUUGAUAUAGUCAGGUGAAAGUAAGUAUAUUUGGCUAAAUUUAUAUGAGUGAAUGCAAUUUUUAAAGAAGGUCCAUAAUUGUUUUUGGUACCAGAGAUGACCUGGUUAUAUUUUGGUAUGUGUUUUGGUACAAAUUGUUAUGAAACCACCCCCUAAUAACCAGAGGCUUACAACUGUUGCAAUGUUAAAGAUUUACACGAUAAAAUAAGGUAUUUUAAAGUAACAACCUCAUAAAACCUCACCUAGCUGUAGUCCCAAGCUGCUCUGUAAUGGGCUAGCUGUAUUUUUUCAACUAGAGAAAAUCAAUACAAGCUCUAGUCAGAGUGCUAUGUGUCUAAAAGCUUGUUCAUACACAGUAAUUUUGCUCAUGACCUAUCUAAAGAUCACAUUGUAUAUUUUGAUCUUUAUCUUUAUAACAAGUUUUUUGUUUUUUUUUUGCCUAGAGGACAAAAUCCUAUAAAUUUGAUUAUGGAAGUCUAUACUUUCAUUUCAUUUAGAAAAGGUCUUUCAAUAAGUUGUCUCUUAGAGUAAGAUAGAGGCAAGAAAAGUUUAAAUAAGACUGGAAGACUGACUGUUCCCACUCCCCCAAGGAAUCAAUUAUCUGUCAGUGAUUUAUGUUGAAGUAUUAAUGAAGUGCAAAUUCAUUAAGAGUGUGUAUUUAUGUAAAUCUAUGUUUUUGAAAAAUUGUGUGAACAUCAUAGACAUAGACAUGCAGAGAGAAAGACAUUCAUUAUUUUUUUAUAUCUGAAGAAAAAUAUCAUUCCAUAAGCCUUAAGUAGGCAGAUUAUAUUUAUUUAAUUUAUGAUUAUUUAUGUAUUUAUUGAUUUGUUCAAUUUUGGUAUUUAAAACAUUAUAUUUGAGGUAUUGCAGGCAAAUAGGGAAACCACAGAAUCCAGCUUGCAAUUUUUAGUCUCUUAAGAAUUGCAAUUAAAUGCUAAAUAAUUAUAUUACAGUGACAUAUUGUGCCAAACAGCUGAGUAUACUGAAUCAUUGCCAUUGGUGAAUGUGGGAUUUGAGGGCUAACUAAAACAACAACUGAAAAUAAAAUGCAGCUGUACUCUACAACUAUAUAAAGAUUAUUAUAAGCUAUCCAGGGAUAUAACCUUGAUGAUUUCAACUUUCAACAUGUUUACCUAUUCCUCAAGAAAUCCCAUUUAUACAUCCCAACGAGGGAUGGUUCAGGACUUUUGAUUUUACUGCAUAUUUAUUGAUUGACUUAGAAGUUCCAAAAUCAGUCACAGAAUUCCAGUCAACAGCCAUGUUUUCUGUUCCACCUAUACUAAGAGAUAAUCUGUAUGUGUUAACCUGAAGAUAUAUUUGCAUUAUAUUGUGAUAAAGACUAAUAUGGAUGCUGGUUAGAAUUCUGUAACUGACAGUUACUCAAGUUUUUAAAAAGGGGGGGGGGGGUAUCUCCAAAGUGAAAAAUGUUGUUAAUGGAAGGUUUUCUGCACAGAGAGUGCAGAAUAUUAGUCCAUAACUAGAGUUAAUCUAGUGUAUUAGAGUUAAGAAUAGGGUGUUUAGAAAAAGACUCAAAAUCUUUGCUUGUCUUAAGCAAGUCAUUGGUUUCCUUUUUUAUAACCUAUUAUGGACUUUCCACAAUUCUUUCAAAAUUUCAAACUCAUAUAACUCAUAAUCUUUAUUAUUUUGACAUUUUAAGUUUAUGAUUGCAGAUACAGUCCCAAUAGUGCAUACUCACCUACAGAAUUGCUGAGGUUUGGAAAAUAGGUGGAAAGUAAUAAUAUUUUGCUAGUAAGGUGAGCAGGGAAGAAGGACUGGGUUUUCACACUGGAAGGGGCAGCCAUACUGGACUGAAUGAAAGGCCAUACUUUUGAUUUGACUUGUAAAAAAGUACUGUUAUUAAAUCAUUUCUGUAGGACCAUCAUAAGAAAAAAGGUUUGGGUCUUCAUGUUCUUUUGGGUUUUGUUAGGCAUUUGAGAGCCUAUGUUUUCACUGUCACAAGGAAUGUCAAUUUUUAAAGAAGACAAGAAUGUUUUGAAAGGUCAAGGUUAUAAAGAAAUGUAAGUUGAAUAGAGGUCUACAUUUAUUAAUUACAUAUACCUGAUAUACAUGCCCACUACUUAGUUAUUAGAUAACUGUUUCUAUUUAGUAGGAUCUAGCAUCUCACUGCAGUAAAGCUGUAAGAGGGUUAAACCAAACAAAAUUAACCUGUAACACAUACACUCAUACAAGUACAUUACAGUUUUUGUAAUGAACUCUUAAGAAUGCGAUGAUAAACUAUUUGGACACUUUUCAACACUUUUGAGAGAAUCAAUCUAGUUUUAACAUCUAUAUUUUUGGUAAUAUGAAAAACAUUUUGCAAUAACAGCUAUUGGAGUCAUAUCAACGUUUGUCUAAGUUGAAAGAUGAUCUGUGGUAAGAAUCACAGACUUGAUCACCUUUCAAAGAGGUCUUGAUCAGCACAGGUUGCUGUCUUUCUCAGGCCUUGUCUUGAUACAUGUGUGUUGUGGAUACUUAAAUCAGGCUGGGGUAGGGAAAUCGUACUUGUGUUAACUGUGAGAAGUGGGAUCAUAGAUAACCUAAUUGUGCCAUAGGUGAUUUUUGCCAAACAAUCAUUGAACAGAAAUGUAUUGUUAUUGGAUUGCAGGAAAGCUAAGGUACAGUAGAACAUAUCUUAGAAUCCUGUUUUCAUUAUUUGUGUGAGGCCUCUUUGUAUCGUGAAACUUUUUUUUUUCAGGGUUUUCCAUGGUUAUCAUGACUUUUAUUCCAUUAUCAGGGUAAAUCUGAAGUAGCUCUUCGCUGUGAAUCUCAUGUCUUGGGUUAUACUUUGGACCAAGACUAGUUGCACUGAAAAUACAAAUAGGACAGCAAUGUUCCUACACUAUUGUUAAUCCCACUGUAAACGUAUAAAUUUCAAAAUUUACAAAGAGAUAUUCAAGACUCACUUAGCAUUUACAAGUAAUUAGUGGCUUAUCUGCAAUCUUUGUUUAGACUUUACUGAAUUUCAUAGUUUUCAUCAAAACAACUAUGUACCUCUCUUUUGAUGCAAUGUCAUACUUGGUAUCUGCAUUCAUGAAAUGCAUCCAUUAAGGGAAAGUUCUGUUUUCAUCCCAACCUGAGAUGAAGUUUCAACCGAAGAGGGUCUCAAAGGAAACCUAACUGAACACUGAAUGAGUUGUUGGCAGUUGGGUUUCAUAUAUUGUCUUAAGGCUUAGACAGCGCUCAUUGACUGUGAUCUACUGUACAUUAAUGUGACUGUGUGCCAAACGUGUCUGAGUAAGAAAGAAUGAGAGCAGUUCAUGCAUGGACUCUUUUCUAGAGCCUGCUGUUCUGGAUUCUCUAUGAACAGUCUUACUCUCUGUAUGAUUGUAACACAGAGACAGGCGUGUAAACUGCCUACAUCAGGCCAUUUACACUUGAUGUUUCUAUCUCUCGCUGAUGAAAAAAUGUGUUACUGUUUUGUCUUGGAAUUUCAAAUUUUUUCCAGUUGGUUUCUUUGUAUACAGUAUUUACAUUUUCUUGUAAGUAUGUAUCUUUGUGUGUGUACAUAACAUAUAUAUGGGUAUGCAGUGGCAGUCAGCUUCUCCUGUGUUCGUUGAUGCAACACAAUACUUUUGCCACAGCAGUCAAAUUGUAGGAUAAACAGUCCGUGCAUUGAAAUUCAUUUCAUUAGAUGGACAAUGCAUUGUCAUCUCUACAAAGAGAUGAGAACUCCAGUAGUGUAUUGUAGUUGCAGUUCUAACCCUUCCCUCCUCCUUACAAUGCAAAAGCAGGCAUGCCCCACACUGAAUGUUAUUUUCAGUCAUAUAAACCUUUGAAGAGAAAGGCUUGUACAAUAACAUUGAAUGUGAUUAAAUGUAAUGUCAAUAUUAAAAAUUGAACUGUCAAGAAA